GGAAAAUUGGGGAGAGUUGGAAGGGGCAGAGCACUUGGCAGCCUCUGCUGCUAUUCGUAGUUUGCUCAGAUUUUUGCCAAAAACUUGGCGUUCCAAACCGUUUCUCCCUGUACACACCACAACACGAUACAACGACAGACCUCUCUCCUCUCAUCUCAUCACCAGACGAAGAAGAAGAGGGAGAGAGAGAGAGAGUGAAGAGAUCGAAUGCGACCCUUGUUUGCUUCCCUUCCCUUCCCUGCCCACCCCAACAAUCAUCCCUUCAAUUAGCCAUUUCCCACACAGCUCCCACUGAUUCCAUUUCGUUUGAUACAUUUCUGGGUCUGGGUCUCUUCCUUCUCCUUCUCCUUCUCCUUCUUCUCUGAGGAAAUCUCUACCUGGGUCAGGUGCUCCAAUGGCGGCGGCGGCGUCCAUGGUCGCAUCUCCCCUCUGUACGUGGCUGGUGGCGGCUUGCAUGUCCACCUCCUUCCAGAAGGACCCUCAUGCAAUCAGCCCCACCUCAGCCUCCUCCCUGUCCCCAUCGAAGCGGCUCUCCAGGAGGCUGAGGAGGAGGAUUCUCUCCCAAUGCUGCGGAGCCAGCGGCGGCAGCAGCAACAAUUGCUUCUCCUCCAUCUGCGGAUCGAGCUUCCAGGGCCUCGUGAGCUCUUACCUCGGUUGUCUCGAGCCCUGCAACGAGUACUACAGCUCUAAGGGGUCGGCCUCCCUCGGGUUCUUCGGGGAGAACGGAUUCACUUCCCUGUUCGGAUCCAGGCCCGUCCGUACAAAUCGCAGGCAGAGGAGGCUCAAUCGAGCUGCCCGUUCCGGGGAGGCAAUGGCCGUGGCUCUGCAACCUGCACAGGAAGUCACCACAAAGAAGAAACCUGUUACAAAGCAGAGGCGUGUAGUUGUGACAGGAAUGGGCGUGGUGACUCCUCUAGGUCACGACCCUGAUGUCUUCUACAAUAAUCUUCUUGAUGGAGCAAGUGGCAUAAGUGAGAUAGAGACCUUUGACUGCGCUCAAUUUCCUACGAGAAUUGCAGGAGAGAUCAAGUCUUUCUCCACAGAUGGGUGGGUGGCCCCAAAGCUAUCAAAGAGGAUGGACAAGUUCAUGCUUUACAUGCUAACUGCUGGCAAGAAAGCAUUAGCAGAUGGUGGAAUCACGGAAUAUGUGAUGAAGGAGCUAGAUAAAACAAAGUGUGGAGUUCUUAUUGGCUCCGCAAUGGGCGGGAUGAAGGUAUUUAAUGAUGCCAUUGAAGCUUUAAGGAUUUCAUAUAAGAAGAUGAAUCCUUUUUGCGUACCUUUUGCUACCACAAACAUGGGUUCAGCUAUGCUUGCGAUGGAUCUGGGAUGGAUGGGCCCUAACUACUCGAUAUCUACUGCUUGUGCAACAAGCAACUUUUGUAUACUGAAUGCUGCAAACCACAUAAUCAGAGGCGAAGCAGAUGUUAUGCUUUGUGGUGGCUCAGAUGCGGUCAUCAUACCUAUUGGUUUGGGAGGUUUUGUAGCAUGCCGAGCUCUGUCUCAGAGGAAUGCUGACCCUACCAAAGCUUCAAGACCGUGGGACAGUAGUCGUGAUGGAUUUGUCAUGGGAGAAGGAGCUGGAGUACUACUUCUAGAGGAAUUAGAGCAUGCAAAGAGAAGAGGUGCAAACAUUUAUGCUGAAUUUCUUGGUGGAAGUUUUACUUGUGACGCCUACCACAUGACCGAGCCUCACCCUGAUGGAACUGGAGUGAUUCUCUGCAUAGAGAAGGCUUUGGCUCUAGCAGGAGUCUCUAGGGAAGAUGUGAAUUACAUAAAUGCCCAUGCUACGUCCACUCCUGCUGGAGAUCUCAAGGAGUACCAAGCUCUCAUCCACUGUUUCGGCCACAACAGUGAGUUAAGAGUGAAUUCUACUAAGUCGAUGAUUGGUCACCUUCUUGGAGCAGCUGGCGGUGUAGAAGCUGUUUCAGUAGUUCAGGCGAUUAGGACGGGGUGGAUUCAUCCAAACAUUAAUCUGGAGAACCCAGAUGAAGGCGUGGAUACGAGAGUGCUGGUGGGCUCGAAGAAGGAGAGACUGAAGGUUAAGGUCGGUUUGUCUAAUUCAUUCGGGUUUGGUGGGCACAACUCGUCCAUACUGUUUGCUCCCUACAAUUAGGACAUUCCUGGUGGAAUUCUCCUUGCUCUACUGAAGCGAAGUUUGUGAGAACUCCGACACAUUGGAAGCCAAAGCGUGGGGGCAUGCGAAUGAAUUUUGUGUUGGGAUAUACUCGAACUCAUGGCAAUGCAGACGAUACUCCUUGCUAGUAUUGUUACUAGAGCCCAAAAUUUUUCCUCUUUUUUACCCUCCUUAAGAUAGUUGUACUCCCAAGCUUUUAAACGAGCCGCAGAACAAGACAAAACUAACUCGGGCAGCGCCACUGUUGGCCUUGGUUCGAUCUUUUUUUCUUUUUUGUCUUGUGGGUUACAAUUGUAAAACUAGAUGACUGGUUUAGAUUUGGUUGGCUAUUUGGUGAUCAAUUUGUAAUGUAUAUUUUGAUAACCCCAGCAAAUUGGCAAUAUUUGCCUUUCCUUGCACUUUUGUGAUGGAAAGUGGUUGGCUAUUUGAUGCACGAUGUUCAUAC